AUGUCUGGGACCGGAGCGAAGCCUAAAGGCCAGCCUCCACCUCAAAAAGGUAAAGUGGCGACCAUUCGACAAAAUCGAACGGCCGAACCAGAAGUACAGGAACGGGGGAAGACGAGAGCCACGGGGGCGGUGGACCUAGAUGAAGACGAACAAGAAAUAGGCGACUCAGAGAAAGGGAGGUCUUACCUCGAAGAGAAACUGCUCCUUGUCCCGUCGGGCGCUCUGCUCACUUUGGGCACACUCGCUACGACACUGCACCAGAUUGCGGCUUUGCCGGGAGUCACCCUCCCUGUAAUCAACGCAGUUCGCGCGGUUGCUUUCUUGCUGAAGGAAGUCGAGCUAGGGGCAGUAGCAGAAGAUAUCAGGGACAUCGCCAAUGCACAGUUCAACGAGAUGACCACAGAUUUGAGGGAGUUCACGGAGGGGCUCAGGGUGAAGGUUAUGGAAGAGUUGGAGAAGAAGACAGAAGUGUUGAAAGAGAAAACAGUGGAACUGGCCGAGGUGGUCGAAAAGGCGGUACAACAGGCGGGGAACGCAGCCAGCUCCCCGUACAGGGACGCGCUGCACAGGGGACUCUCUGGGGCGCCGAUGGAUGCUAACCCCCGUCUAGCUGCGAAGGAAAAUAUCAGACAACGUCAAUCGCUGGUCGACAUACCACAAGGAUCCAGCCUCAAAGACUGUGCUAACCUAGUCCUGGUGGGCAAGUUUACGGAGGCGAUGGGUAAGGCGACAGCGCAGAAACACAAGAUUAGAACGGCACUGAGGCUCCAAAACGGCGGGAUCUUGGUUGAAAUGGCUACGGACGAAGGCGCAGCAUGGUUAGCUUCCAAGGACAAUGCAGCGGCCUUCCUGCGGGAACUGGGAGAAACUGAGGCCUCCUUCAAGAAGAGAUCGUACAACGUUGUCGCCUACUAUGUGCCACUAACCCUUGACCCCGGCAGCGAGAAGGAUAGAAGAGAGAUAGAGGAAUCAAACAACAUACCUGAAGGCGGUCUGACGAAGAUGAGGUGGAUCAAGCCCCCAGCACGACGAAGGACAGACCAACGCUUCGCUCAUGUCAUCGCCACCUUUUCGGACGCGGACGCGGCCAACCGGGCAAUAGUAAAUGGGCUGACGAUCUGCAACAAGAGAGUAUCAGUGGCGAAGAGCAGGAAGGAACCGAUUCGCUGUCUCAAGUGUCAAGGCUGGGACCACAUCGCGUCGGAGUGCAACAUCAAGGACAAAGAGGUAAACGUAUGCGGUACAUGCGGGGGAAGGGAUCACUGGACCAGUAAGUGUCCACAGCCAGGUGUCACUUUCUGCUCUUCUUGCAGGACAAGCGACCAUACCAGCUGGGACCGCGAGUGCCCUACUUUCCGCAGGAAGAUCGAAGACCUCAAUGCCAGGGAUCCAGCAAACGACUUACCUUUCUUCCCAGCGAAGGAAUCAUGGACGUGGUCGCCGUCUUAUCCAACGCAAGGACGUCGAGUUCCCCCGGCAGAGAUCCAGGUCAAUCCGAUUCAGCCAGCUACACAGAGGAACAGGUAUCGGCAAACACAGAUCAACUUCGAGUACGCGGCUCCAGGUGGAAGACCGUACACCAAGGAGUCACGGUCGAGCCAGCGCUCGACCCCUGCCGUAGCUAAGUCACCCCCUCCUCCUUUCCCCAAUCCAGAGUCAACAGAGUCUCCAAUAGCAGCCCCCAUGUCGAGUAACGGCUUAACGCCACCCUGA